GUUGGUGGGUGAAAAUUUCCAUGGCAUUGGUCGAUAUCAUAUCUCAUUCCUUCAUCAUCAAACCCUCUUGGACAUCCAUUUUCCAUCGUUCACGGACACUCAUCUAUAGCAUCUCCCAUCCGACGCACACAUCGACAACAUCCCGCGCGCGCUUGUUGUUGUUUGCCGUCGGAUUAGCCCGCUUCGCCUGCCGCGGAUUCAAGCACCCAAAAAAGAACACCAAAAAAAAACCCCCCUUGGCUCCACCAACGACGACCAUCCAGCGAGGUCAUCAUCAGCUGAGCUCCUGGGGAGUCCAAAUUGCUCUUCACAAUGCAAGAGACUGGACGAAGACCUGCUCCCGUGAACACUACCAUCGCCAGAGAUCCCUACCUGAAUCCAGAACCUGCGCAUGAUCAAAAUUACCUGGGACAAUCGAACGGCACAUCAAGUCAUUUCAGGGACCAAUCUGUCGACGUAUCAGACGAUCAGACCGCCUAUCCGGCUAUGCAGAGGGUGAAUUCAAGCUCUCCCUUGCAUCCAGCCGAAAGUUAUUUCACCAGACCUGAUCAGACCAGUCCUCCCACCACCUCCCGACCCAACACCCCUGGAGGGACACGUCGAGUUCAUUACCCUCCACGACAGUACAUAGAAACAUCGGCUCCAGCUGCGCAGUACACCACUGUCCCGUUGAAAGACUCCACAGCAAACGAGACAACCAAUAUGGCAACCUCUGGACGAGGUACACCUUACUCCUCGGGUCACACGACUCCCAAUGGCUCCAGCAGCAGACGAAGAGGUUGGAACAUGUUUUCACAUUCAUCUACCAGUCUCGAAGCUGGCCAGAUGGGCGAAAAGCGACCCAAACACACCAGGAAUGGAAGUUGGGACCUGUUGAACAACAAUCCCGAGUGGGAAGGCUACAACCCCGCGACGGCAAAGAAUGAGAAUCUGCGAUUUGCAGAGGGAGAUGUCGGGACGACCAAGUUCUCCCGACUCUACUAUUGGCUGAUCAAUAAGAGCAUCAUCAUUCGAUGGAUUCUCUAUAUUGUCCCGGUGCUCGCCAUCCUAUGGAUCCCCGGUAUCGUCGGUCUGACCGCGGCGCCAAAUGGCAAAGUAUGGGAUGUCAAGCUCAUCUGGUGGUCUAUUUGGCUCAGCGUGCUUUGGGGUGGAUUCUGGGCAGCUACUGCCGUCUUCAUGAUGAUUCCACCUAUCUGGCGAAAUGUCAUUGGAUCCAUCGUGCCUUCUGCCAAGCAGUACACGGAUGUCACAGCCGCGCUCGGAAGGUAUGCCAAAUUGAUCGUCUGGGCCGCUGCCGUGUGGAUCUCAUUCACCCCACUGGUGAUCAUUCACAAUACUGCCGAGUCUACCAAUAACGAAACGCCGCGCUCCAAGUCUGAUCUCGGGACCAUGGUCAACAUUCUCUUUGGACUCUUCCUCAGUAGCAUUAUACUCGGCGUGGAAAAGCUUAUCGUUCAACUCAUCGCCUUCCAAUUCCACCGUGACUCGUACGAGGACAGACUCAAAGAGCAGAAAUUCAACAUCAAGUGCCUCGCCACACUCUACAUCCAUUCUCACGAUAUCCCCGGUCGAAGCGACACGUUGAGGGACAAUGACUCGCACAAGACGAAAGCUAGUCAGGUGCCUAAGAAGGCGAUCAGAGCUGCGCUCAGAGGCAUUCGAGAAGUCGCUCAGACCACGACAACGGCACUAGGCAACGUCGCCAGUGAAAUGGCCGGGCAAAGUGUCUUGCAGACCAAUUCACCUCAGAACAAGGUCACUGCUGCGCUGUCUUCCGCUAACAAGUCGAAAGCUCUCGCCAGAAGACUGUUUUACUCUUUCCGACGUGGCGAUGCCGACCAUCUCGACUUGUCCGACAUUGCUCGUUUCUUCCCCGACCUCGACACUGCCAAAGCUGGCUUUGAGAUGUUUGAUGUCGACGGGAAUGGAGAUGCCACGAGGGAUGAAAUGGAGGCUGCGAUCAUGCAGAUUCACCGUGAAAGAUUGAGCUUGGAAGCUUCUAUGCGGGACCUCGACGGAGCCGUUAGGCGAUUGGACGAUAUUUUCCUGUUCUUUGUGGCUCUCAUUUGUGCUUUAAUUCUCGCUGCGACGAUUACGACCAAGAUCACUACUCUCGUCACGUCCGCUGGUACCUUUGUCCUUGGGUUGUCCUGGUUGAUAGGAUCGACGAUGCAAGAGAUCCUGCUUGCUUGCAUCUUCCUGUUCGUCAAGCACCCCUACGACGUUGGUGACCGAGUCGACAUUGAUGGCAAUUCGUACACUGUUGCCAAGAUGCAGCUCAUGAGCACAAACUUCAAGCGGACCGAUGGCAAAUUUGUAUGGAUCGGACACAACAUUCUCGCUACCAAAGUCAUUGAGAACAUCCGACGAUCCGGCCCGACGUCCGAGACGUUUACCUUUGAUGUCGCGUUCGACACCAGUUUCGACCACCUCACAACGCUUCGAGACAAGAUGCUCGUCUUUUGCAAGGAGAACUCGCGCGACUUUUUGCCAAUCUUUGAUGUCACUGUAGAUGACAUGCCUGCUCAAGGCAAGAUGGUUCUCAAGGCGGAUAUACGCUACAAGUCGAAUUGGCAGCAGGGUGCAUUGAAAGUGAUGCGUAGGAACAAAUGGGUCUGCGCGUUGAAGACUGCUCUGGCCGAGACGAAGAUCUAUGGACCCGCUGGAGCUGGGGAUCCAUCACCUGCCCCGGCCGAACCUACAAAAUACACUUUGGUUCCUUACGAGCAGGUGCAAGCUGCUGAAGCUGCUGCUGCAUCGACUGCGACUGCCAGUACUGGGGCCGAGUCGCCUCCUCCGACCUUUGACGCUGCAACCAACACGGCGAACAAUCUGACCGAUCGUCGGGAACUGAUCAACGAUCCUAACAUUUUCGACGAGUCUCUCGAUAUGUCUGGACAGGCAGGCUACCAGACUCGACCCACAACGCCCGGUGUAGAAGGGUCCUUCCGCGCUGCUGUGACCGUUGGUCCGCCUGUUGGACAGCUGAGAACCAGAGUGCCUCACGGUAUGCCUGGAGAGCAGAUUGAAAUGGUGUCCGCACCCGUAGCUCGGCGAUAAUCUAACGUAGCUCGGCGAUAAUCUACACUCAUCGUCCAAGUCUCGGACAUCUUGCUGGGCGAGUGUCGGAGACCCAUUGGACCCCCAUUUUGUAGUAUAGACAUGUCCCAUAUCCAAUGCAUAGCCCGAAUGUCCAAUAUUGUUGUUCCCGACGGGCCG